GGCAGCAGGUUCCGCAGUCGCGCGCCGGGCGGCUGCGCACACUCCAGAGCGCCCCCAACAAAGCGGUUCUCUGGGAGGUUGGGGCUGUUAUCCGCGGCGGGGUUGCCUGUUAUUGCGCAGGCGCCUCAGGAAGAUCUCUGCCUCGCGCGUGUCCUUUCGGGUCUGCCUCGCCCCCAGGGCCCACGAGCGCGGGAUUCCGCCAGUGCUGAGUUCCGCGCGCCGGCCGCAGCGGGUGAGUGUGAGCCUCGCGCGGCCGGCCUUCCGGAGGGAGAUGCCACCCCCUCCUCGGUCGCCUGGGGCUGUGACACUAGAGGAACCCUGAUUGCUCUCCUUCAACACAUUCAUUAUGAAGUUAUUAGUAAUACUUUUAUUUUCUGGACUUAUAACUGGUUGUAGAGGUAACUCUUCCCAUAACCUGCCACCCAAGUUACUACUGGUAUCCUUUGAUGGUUUCAGAGCUGACUAUCUACAGAACUAUGAAUUUCCUCAUCUCCAGAAUUUUAUCAAAGAAGGAGUCCUGGUAGAGCAUGUUGAAAAUGUCUUUAUCACAAAAACAUUUCCAAACCACUACAGUAUUGUGACAGGCUUGUAUGAAGAAAGCCAUGGCAUCGUGGCUAAUUCCAUGUAUGAUGUAAUCACAAAGAAACAUUUUUCUGACUUUGAUGACAAGGAUCCUUUUUGGUGGAAUGAGGCAGUACCUAUUUGGGUGACCAAUCAGCUUCAGGAAAACAGAUCAAGUGCCGCUGCUAUGUGGCCUGGAACAGACGUACCCAUUCACAAUACCACACCUUCCUAUUUUAUGAAUUAUAGCUCUUCAGUGUCAUUUGAGGAGAGACUAAAUAAUAUUACCAUGUGGCUGAUGAAUUCGAACCCACCAGUUACCUUUGCAACACUCUAUUGGGAAGAGCCAGAUGCGAGUGGCCACAAAUAUGGACCCGAAGAUAAAGAAAACAUGUACAGAGUGUUGAAAGAAGUAGAUGACCUUAUUGGUGAGCUAGUCCACAAACUCAAGGUGCUAGGAUUGUGGGAAGAUCUCAAUGUGAUCAUUACAAGUGAUCAUGGGAUGACCCAGUGCUCUAAGGACAAACUGAUAAACUUGGAUCUCUGCAUUGAUCAUUCAAGCUACACUCUUGUAGAUUUGACUCCAGUUGCUGCUAUACUUCCCAAAAUAAAUACAACAGAGGUUUAUAACAAACUGAAAAUCUGUAACCCUCACAUGAAUGUUUAUCUCAAAGAAGACAUUCCUGCCAGAUUUCAUUACCAACAUAAUGAUCGAAUUCAGCCUAUUAUUUUGGUUGCUGAUGAAGGCUGGACAAUUGUGUUAAAUAAGUCAUUACCAAAAUUAGGUGACCAUGGUUAUGAUAAUUCUUUGUCUAGUAUGCAUCCAUUUCUAGCUGCCCACGGUCCAGCAUUCCACAAAGGCUACAAACACAGCACAAUUAACAGUGUGGAUAUUUAUCCAAUGAUGUGCCACAUCCUGGGAUUAAAACCACAUCCCAAUAAUGGAACCUUUGGUCAUACUAAGUGUUUGUUAGUUGACCAGUGGUGCAUUAAUCUCCCGGAAGCCAUUGGAAUUGUUAUCGGUGCCCUCUUGGUCUUAACCACGCUAACGUGCCUCAUUAUAAUCAUGCAGAAUAGACUGUCCGUACCCCGUCCAUUUUCCCGACUUCAGCUGCAAGAAGACGACGAUGAUCCUUUAAUUGAGUAACAUGUGCUGGAGUUUAUAAAGUAUCUUUGAUUAGUCACAAUACCAAGGAUAUACUCAAGAAAUGGUGUUCUAACGAUGAAAAAUAUACCUUGAAAGACAAAGAACUUAGACCAAGUAUGCUAGAAUUAUUUUGUUUUUCCUUGUGCUUUGUUUUGGUGCAUCAGCUAAUACAAAAAACCCUGACCAUAGUAAAAAUUGCUAGUAAAUCAUUAGUUAACACCAACUAUUUCUCUUAACUGGAAACUUUUUUUUUAUGAAAAAUAUUGCCUCUGCCUUUUUUUUUUUUGCAAUGAAGAUUUGACACAUUUUUAAAUAAAAAUAUAUCAAAAUUUAGUAGGCAUGCUUUUCUAACAGAUUUUUAUAUUUGUAACUGGAAUAACAGAAAUCUUUAUGCAAUUAGUGGAUUUUGUGUAUCAGGAAGGAAAAGUUUUCUAUAUUUUUAUAUUUAAUAACUUUUAAUAGAGUUUAUAUCCCAAGUAAACCUGUGACAUAGGAGGACCUCUGUGAUGGUUAAUAAAAUUGGUUUACCAGGCAGAACAGAUCUAGCAUUUGAAGAAAUUAUUUUAAGAAAAACUAUUAUAAAAAACAUAACAAAGACCAUGUGAUACAAAGCUUGAGUCUUCACCGUUGUGUUUUUGUUAAGAUUCAUAAGCUAUUGAAGUCAGGAAAGAUAUCUUUUGAAGAUUUUUGCUAAUAAGAAAUUAAGAAAAUGGAAAGAAUUGCUUUUCUCUGUGCUUAAUGCCAUCGUGGAAGUUCCUUUGUGUGUGUGUGUGCGUGCAUGCACGCAAGUGCACGUGUGCAUAAGUGUGUUUGUGUGUAUGAAUGUGUAGACUUCCUGUGACUGACCGAGGCGGUCAGAGCGGCUGGUCUGUGGGCUGACUUCCACAUUCCCAUGGAAUGUGGCUCUCAGCAAAGGGUAUAUUUGCACUUCAUAUUUGUUUACUUUCUUUAGUGACUCACAAGCUAAAGUCAUAACUUAAGAAAGUUCCUUAGUUUUUGUUACUGAGUUUUACUUUCUCAUGUUGCUAUUGUAACCAGAGAUAUCCAAGUGCUGUUAAAAAAAAAAAAAAAAAAUGUAUGACCUGAAUACGAAUCUGGCUUCAGUUGGGUCAGAACGAGGAAGGGAGAUUUUGAUAUCUACCUUUGGGACGUCUAUGCCUUACUUUUUAGGCAAUAAGUAGUUAAAUUUAAAAUGGAAUUUGGUAUCUUUGCAUCCUUCCCACUAUUCCUGUGUUAAGUGGCAGAAUAAACUCUAAGCGCUGUUAACAUUCUGUAUGUAGCCUGAGUGCUGCCCCUGCUGUUUCUCCAGUGUUUGGUUCACAGAAGUAUUUACCCUGCUCUGAUUUUUUUUUAACAUACAUGUUCAGAGCUAAGGAUUUGUUGUGAAGAACUGCCAUCCAACUUUGCUAGGUAGUACUUUCUAAUAAUCAAAAGUAAUAUGCAGAAACUGACUUGUGGCAGACAAGAUUGUAACUGUUAAAGGAAAAAUGGGGUUCAGGAACCAUCCAUCAGGACCUGAUGCAAGCAAUUAAUAGUGUGAUAUUUAAAGUUUUGACAGUAUAAAAUAAACUAGGUAACUUUUACAGAUAAAAAAAUUACCUACAAUAAAUAUGCAACCCAAUUAAGUGUUGAUUAUCUGUGAUGGUAAAGAACAAUGGUACUAAUCAUUAGACAUAGAAUUCAUCCUAUUUGGUCACUGCUCAUUUUGUGAUUCGAGGAUUCGGUACCUAUUGUUUUGGGGGUUCUUGAAAAGCAUUUCUGCAGCCUGUAUAAACAGUUCAUGCUAUUGGUCAUAAGUUGACUGUAUUAAGAAUAGCAUAGUAAAUAAAUGAAAUAAAACCAGUAGGGUUAAUUUUACUUUUUGACAAAUUUUAUUUCAUUUUUUUUUCACAUAAAAGUUAUCCUAGAGGUCUUCUGAACAAAAUAAUAGAAAAAUUUCUUUCUGUCUCAAUUUCCAUUUAAAAAAAGGACAGUCACAUUUAACACAGUGGACACUUUUUGAAGUAUCUAAAAUAAUAGGAUAUUUUAUACUAGUUCAGUAGAGCUUGGUCCUUGCAGUGCUGUUUUAGUGAUUACAUUAGUUUGAUUGGUGGUUAUGAGUUUCAGAAAUCUAUAUGUAGCAUCUAGCCUGUGAGUGGAUUUCAUAUGGGAUGGAAUGGGAGGGAUACUCUGUCAAUGUCUUAACCCUUUGAACAAGACAUUUACCUAUUUGUCUUGUCUUUCAUUCCAUUCUCAAAAUAUUAACUUUAAUUAAAAUUGUAAAUUUUUUUGUAUAUAUGCUGAUGGGAGAAAACAGUAUUUAUUUAAUCACAGAGACGUUUAUAUGUUAUUAUUUUGAACUUUAUGUUAAUUCAUUUGUAUCUUUACAAAAUUAUCACUGUUAAAGCCAAUGAGUACACAGAAAAUCCUUUAGUGAAGCCAGCUUUUUACACUGAGGUUUUGGUAUGUAUUUUGUUAAAUAAUUGGCUAAUAUCCUGCCAUGUUUUCUAGGUGAUGGAAAGUAUUUGGCUCCAGGAAACAUUUAACUGUUUAUGACAACGAUAGUCAAAGGUAAUAGGAAAACUUACUGAGUGGUUUUUGUUAAUUCAGUGAGUGAAUUCAGAGUAAGAGCAUUUACUUAUAAAGGACAGUUCUGCUGUUAUUAAUGUGCAAGUUCUUCUGGUAAACAGCAAUAGAAUUCUAAUAUAAAUUAUUCCAAUGCUGUGUACUAUAGGUUUUGUGUUAUUGUUUCAUUAAGCUUGGUAUAAGAAUUUAAAGAUAAAAUUCUUGGAACAUUAAAAGAUUAAAAAGGCCUUUGCAUUGUUCUUGGGUGUCUCCCUCUCUUGUCCAUAUUUGGUAAGCUUUAAGGAUGAUGGCAUUUAAUUCCUUUUAUUUGGAGGGUUUUACGUCGUUGCGAAUACAUAAAGUUAUAAAUGAAGGACAAAGAUGGGAAGUAUGUAUUUUUUUGUCACUUCUUAAAAUAGUGUGUAAAUAAAAUGACAUGAGUAUGCUUUAAAGAAAUCUGUAUGUAGUGCCUUAAGUUGAAGUAAAAUAUAUUUUGACUAUAAUGUCUGAAUUCAUAAUGAUUUUGCUUAUGAUUAAAACAUUUUAUGUGAAUAAAGUCUACCAAAAUA